GUCUCCAGGGCCAGUGUCUUCUGCGAUCAAGUACCACCUUCCAAGUCCUGGCACCUCAAUGCAUCUGGGAAGCUACCUGCAUUAAGACAGGACUGAGCACGCAAGUGAGCUCCGGAAGGAGAAGCUAUGGCUGCAGUGAUACUGGAGAGCAUCUUUCUGAAGCGUUCCCAGCAGAAAAAGAAAACAUCACCCUUAAACUUCAAGAAGCGCCUCUUUCUCUUGACUGUGCAGAAACUUUCCUACUAUGAGUAUGACUUUGAACGUGGGAGAAGAGGCAGUAAGAAGGGUUCAAUAGAUGUUGAGAAGAUCACCUGUGUUGAAACAGUGGUGCCUGAAAAAAACCCUCCCCCUGAAAGACAGAUUCCGAGAAGGGGUGAAGAGUCCAGUGAAAUGGAACAGAUUUCCAUCAUUGAAAGGUUCCCUUAUCCCUUCCAGGUUGUGUAUGAUGAAGGGCCUCUUUACGUCUUCUCCCCAACUGAAGAACUGAGGAAGCGUUGGAUUCACCAGCUCAAAAAUGUAAUCCGGUACAACAGUGAUCUGGUUCAGAAAUACCACCCUUGCUUCUGGAUCGAUGGGCAGUAUCUCUGCUGCUCUCAGACAGCCAAAAAUGCUAUGGGCUGCCAAAUUUUGGAGAACAGGAAUGGAAGCUUAAAACCAGGGAGUUCUCACAGAAAGACAAAAAAGCCUCUUCCUCCAACGCCUGAGGAGGACCAGAUCUUGAAAAAGCCACUGCCCCCUGAGCCAACAGCAGCACCAGUCACCACAAGUGAGCUGAAAAAGGUGGUAGCCCUUUAUGAUUACAUGCCGAUGAAUGCCAAUGACCUACAACUGCGCAAGGGUGAUGAGUAUUUUAUCUUGGAGGAGAGCAACUUACCGUGGUGGCGAGCACGGGAUAAAAACGGGCAGGAAGGCUACAUUCCUAGUAACUAUGUCACCGAAGCAGAAGACUCCAUAGAAAUGUAUGAGUGGUAUUCCAAACACAUGACUCGGAGUCAAGCCGAGCAACUGCUCAAGCAAGAGGGGAAAGAAGGAGGUUUUAUUGUCAGAGACUCCAGCAAAGCUGGAAAAUACACCGUGUCUGUGUUUGCUAAAUCUACAGGGGACCCACAAGGAGUGAUACGCCAUUAUGUUGUGUGCUCCACGCCUCAGAGCCAGUAUUACCUGGCUGAGAAGCACCUUUUCAGCACCAUCCCCGAGCUCAUUAACUAUCAUCAGCAUAACUCUGCGGGACUCAUAUCCAGGCUCAAAUAUCCGGUGUCUCAACAAAACAAGAACGCACCUUCCACUGCAGGCCUGGGCUACGGAUCAUGGGAAAUCGAUCCAAAGGACCUGACCUUCUUGAAGGAGCUGGGGACUGGACAAUUUGGGGUAGUGAAGUAUGGAAAGUGGAGAGGCCGAUAUGACGUGGCCAUCAAGAUGAUCAGAGAAGGCUCUAUGUCUGAGGAUGAGUUCAUUGAAGAAGCCAAAGUUAUGAUGAACCUUUCCCAUGAGAAGCUGGUGCAGUUGUAUGGUGUGUGCACCAAGCAGCGCCCCAUCUUCAUCAUCACUGAGUACAUGGCCAACGGCUGCCUCCUGAACUACCUGAGAGAGAUGCGCCAUCGCUUCCAGACUCAGCAGCUGUUGGAGAUGUGCAAGGAUGUCUGCGAAGCCAUGGAAUACCUGGAGUCAAAGCAGUUCCUUCACCGAGACCUGGCAGCUCGAAACUGUUUAGUAAACGAUCAAGGAGUGGUGAAAGUGUCUGACUUCGGCCUGUCCAGGUACGUCCUGGAUGAUGAAUACACAAGCUCAGUAGGCUCUAAGUUUCCAGUCCGGUGGUCUCCACCAGAAGUCCUCAUGUAUAGCAAGUUCAGCAGCAAAUCUGACAUUUGGGCUUUUGGGGUUUUGAUGUGGGAAAUCUACUCCCUGGGGAAGAUGCCCUAUGAAAGAUUUACCAACAGUGAGACCGCUGAACACAUCGCCCAAGGCCUGCGUCUCUACAGGCCUCACCUGGCUUCAGAGAGGGUGUAUACCAUUAUGUACAGCUGCUGGCACGAGAAAGCAGAUGAACGUCCCACUUUCAAAAUUCUCCUGAGCAACAUUCUAGACGUCAUGGAUGAAGAAUCCUGAGCUCGCAAAUAAGCUUCCUGGUUCUACUCCUCGCUUCUACAAGCCCCCAUUUCACCUUCUCUGAGGAAAG